CCCGACGCUAAAGUUCAAUUUCAGAAAUUUGUCCAAAAAAAAUUUAGGGUAAAGAACGAAAAAAAAAACGAUCUUUUAACGGACUAAUGCCUCGGAGUAUAUCGAGGUCUCCGUCGUCUUAUCGGCGGAGAUACUCGCCGUCCCCAUCCAGCCGCCGCCGCCGGAGAGACCGGAGCCGCUCGCCUUACACUACUUCUCACAGUAGGAGAAGAAGUCGAUCUCCAAUUUCUAGACAUAAAAAAAGUCGAUCUCCAACACCUAGGCGACAUAAGAGGCGAAAAAGCAGGACUUCUUCACUGAGUCCUGUGGAAUCUCCAACUCAAAGUAUCACAUCAAAUGCCCUUUCUAAAUCAAGAAAGGAAGAAGAAGAAAAGAAAAGGCUUGAACAGGAGAUGGAGCUGAAAAUUCUAGAAGAAGAAACAGCAAGGAGAAUGGAAGAAGCAAUUAGGGCAAAAGUUGAAGAAAAAUUAAUGUCAAAUGAAGUUAAAUUAGAAAUAGAAAAAAGAGUAGAAGAAGGGAGGAAGAAGCUUUUUGAUGAUAUUGAAGCUCAACUUGAAAGAGAAAAACAAACAGCUCUUAAUGAAGCUAGACAAAAAGAGGAGCAAGCUCGAAGAGAAAGAGAAGAGCUUGAUAAAAUGUUGGAAGAGAAUCGAAGGAGAGUAGAAGAGGCUCAAAGAAGAGAAGCUCUUGAGCUUCAACGAAAAGAGGAGGAAAGAUUUAGGGAACUUGAACUUAUUCAAAGACAAAAGGAAGAGGCUUUGAGAAGAAAGAAGCUUGAAGAUGAAGAGGAGCUUAUUAAGCUAUCAAGUAAAGUCAAACCUAGAUAAAACAAGUCAAACCUCAUCUCUAUGUGAAAUUGUUCUAUAAAUUCCCCUUAGACUAUGGAAUAUGUUGUUCUUUUUUCUUGUUUUGAGUAGAUUAGGAAAGAGGUUAAUUAUGUGGUUUUGAAACAACAUAUCAAAGGAACAAUUGGUGGUUUAAACUAAUUAUCAAAAUGAUGGUAUUUAUGCAAAAA